UCAGUCAGAUCUGUUUUGGUAUCGACAAGUUUCUUCAUGAUGAUUUUUGCCAGAUUUUUUAUCGUCGUUGUUAGUAUCUUGUGCUUAAGCGUUCCUGGCCCUGUGAAUUCAUCAAGAGGAAAACAUGUGAAACAUACUAAGUCCCUUUCGGAUAGUAGCUUGAAUGGGUCAAAGAGUCUCACAAAGGAAGAGACUGAUGAAGAUUUUCCCCCUCUUAACUUCCGUAUCAAAGACGUUUCAACCACCCCACUGGGCAAAGUGAAUCGCACUAGCGACUUCCCGGCAAAUUCUACCCGUUUGGUGGACCUAGACGAUUUGUCCCAAGACGCUCAGAAAGAGAACAUAUCGCGGCUUAACUACGAGACAUUUUGGCAUAACGGCAGCCUAACAUUAACGCUCGUUGACUUGGAGGAAAGAGGGAAAAAUUUGUCCUAUGUUCGUCAUGAUGUGUGGGACAGACUUCCACAAUUCGAACUCGAAAAAAAUGCCCAAGACUCGGACUGGACUUCGGACGACUUGAAGUUUAUUCAUCCUGAUCCGGAUACCAGACGUUCUCGCAAAAGAAGGGCUAUAUUUGGCAAAGAUAAUCGAAUUGAAGUCUCCGCGGAAGAUUUAAAACAAUCUCCCUAUUCCGCAGUGGUGAAGAUCAAUACAGGUUGUACAGGUACUCUUAUUUCCACUGAACAUGUUCUCACAGCCGCUCACUGUGUUCACGAUGGCCUACAAUACAUCAUGGACGUCCCUCAUCUAAAGGUGGGCGUCUUGCGUCGUCAAGGAAAAGUCAGGUGGAUUCGUGUCGAUAACAUAAGAGUUCCACGGGGUUGGACACUGUCCAAUGAUUUUCGUUACGAUUAUUCCGUCCUGAAGUUGCAUCGCUCCGUUCCUGAAUCCGCAAGCUUUUUGGAAAUCUACGAAAUACCCGAAGACCUAUCAGUUUCAAUGCGUAUCCAGUUCGCGUCUUUUCCAGCUGACAAACAGGACAACACUCUGUGGUACUCUUACUGCAAAGCCCAUUGCCAUCAACACGCUAUUCUUAACAGAUGCGACUCUUCUCAUGGAAGUUCCGGCGCGGGCAUCUACGGAAAAAUUUACAAAAAAAGAAGUCAGGGCUAUGAACGUUUCAUCAUGGGGGUUUUUAAUGGCGUGGGCAAUCGUAUCCGUUUUCGCGGAAGAAUGCGUCGCAUGAACGUGGGCACGAAGAUCACGCCCCUUAAACUAGCGCAGAUUCGAUCUUGGAUGGAUGCCGACCCCCCAAACAGAUACACGCACAUGGUUUUGGGGAAUAACAAUGAGUAG